AUGGCGCCGCAGCCUGAGCCCCACGGCCCGGGCCUGACAGGGAGGGAGGGCUCCCACAGACCUGCCACCGAGGGUCCCACGCGCCCGCGCUCGCCGGACCGCCGAGGCCCCCAAACACCGCGCGAGGUCCUUCCGCGCCCGCCCACCUGCCCGCCCUCCCGUGUGUGGCCGCCAGGGGGCGCCCCCGCCCGGGUUUGCGACCCAAGGACACCAGAAGUGGCCGGAGCUGUCUUGCGGGGCCCCCGCCGCGCACACCUUCCCCGUUGGUGGGGUACAGGUAUCCGGGGUCGCCGAGCGGGGCCUCUGCACCAACGCUGGGCAUUGCUCCCGGUGUUGGUGACACCCUCCGGCCGCAGCGCCCAGCUCGGCACCGACACAUGCUGCCCGCGGGGUUACACCACGCCGUCCCGGGACCUCCGGCUCAGCAGCCUGGCAGGUUGUCAUCACACGGACCCCGGCCCAGUGCCCCUCCCCGCAGCGGGCCGAGGCUGUCCCCCCAACACCUUGGCACGGGGACUUGCGUCUCUCCUGGAAACACCGGCCUCGUCCUGCCAGGCCCGGCCGAGUGCCGCUUCCUCCGGGAAGCCCGUGGGACUGCACUCCGGGCCCCCCUCACCUGCGUGUCCCCAUACUGCCUUCAGCAGCACCCACACCCGCUCAGUUGGGGUACUCCAGGGCACUGACCACCUUGCUGUCCCUCCUCAGCCAUCUCUGAGGGUCUUCGCCUGUGGGGAGCACAAGAUGCCUCCUCCCCCGACAGACUUGCCCUUUGACGUCACUGAUGACGGGUCUCCACCACAACCCGGGAGACCCCCACCCUCCGCCCGUGUGGAGGGGCUGCCCGAGCCGAGUUCUGCCUCACAGCCCCCCGCCCGGCCCCAGGCCUUCUCCUCAUCUGUGGUGGGCAGUGACACCAGCUUCAUCGUGGGGUGUGGGAGUCAAAGAUGGCGGCUGCUCGCCAGAGGCCCUGGCAAGCCUCAUCCGCCACGUACCGGGGGCGCAGCGAGGUGCUUAGACCUGUCCCAGGAGCCUCCAGUGGGUCCUCCUCCAACAGGGCGCCCACGUCUCCCUUGCAGUGGGGCGUACACCCUUCGGCCCUCAUGCUGCGGCUUCAGUUCAGGCCGCUACCCAGCGAAGCUCUGGGGGCCGGGGCUCUGCACUGCACCCUCCGCCCACGUCACCCCCGACCACGUUGAAGGCGAGGCUAUUAGGGAACCACACAGUGCAGGGGCCACCUCGGGCUUCAUGGAGCCCCUGCCUGGCCCUGCCACCAUCGGCCACCCUACCCAGCAGGGUCUCAAACGGGCUGUGACCGGUGCAGGAGGCGGCACCACCGCGGAAGGCUGGGAGCCAGUGGCCAAGGGCCAGCAGAGCUCCAGGAGCCCCCCGCCCACCACCCACCCACUCUCGCGGUCACCAGAUGCUGCUCCUUUGUCCCCAAAGCCACACGAGGCUGGGCCAGGGAUAGCCACCAUCUGUGGACGGACAAACAGGGGGCUGGCCACUCGCUGGUCCCCCGCCUGGCAGCGGCUUUGUCCCAUGUGGAUUCCCAACGGCUGCCUCUCCCGGCCUAGCGAGACCCCGAGGGGCCCAGCUCAGCCUCGACUUCCGCUGGGGAAAGUGGAUGGGGUGGAGGAAGGGCAGGGCACCCCCCCGCCCCCAGCUGUGCGCCCGAUUAAGUGA